UUCACGGAGACUGAAGCAGCAACCAUGGAGCCUGCAUGGGUUUGUGCUAGGCGCUCUGCAUACAUGCUGUGGUGGUUCAAAUUAGGGACUCCUAACAUUGGUAGUUGUAACUGUCUGUGACUUUUUUGCCUGCUUGUAGCAUCCUUUUUCUUCUACUGGGGUGCCUUGUCAAGCCUUGAUAUGGGGGCCUGUGCCUAGCCUUACUGCAUCUUGAUAUCCCGUGUUCGUUGAUAUCCCUGGAACGUCUGCUCCUUUCUGGAGAGAAAUGAACAGCAGUGGAUCUGGGGGAGGAAGGAGGUGGAAGAAACUGGGAGGAGGGGAGGAAAGGCUGCAGUUGGAACGUAUCGUAUGAAAGAAACAAAAAUAAAAAGAAAGACAACAGUGUGUACGCUGUGUGAGCAGGACAGUCACCCGGGUCAAAACUAUGGAGAAACCUGUUGCGCAAGAAAUAACACCCAGAGACAGAUAUCAGGGUUCAAGCUGAAGAUAAGAAAAACAAAGAAGCAACCACUAGAGAGACCUUUAACCUCUACCAAUCUUCAGACUGAAAGGGCGAGAUCCUGUCUCCACAAAUUCUCAGACUGAGGACUCCAGCAUGCUCAAGUGAGUUCCUGUCUCUUCCCCUUCAUAUUCCUCUCUCUGCCCAGUCAUGACACUCCUGUCUCCACCUCCCUAGUGCUGGAAUUAAAGGUGUCUAACUUCCAAACCACCACCUGUGUAAACCACCACCACCUGGACCUGUUGUGGGAUCAAUUUAUGUAGCCCAGGGUAGUUAUGAACUCACAGAUGUCAGUCUGCCUCUGUCUCCAGAGUUCUGGAAUUAAAGGUCUCUGCCACUAUGCCCUGGCCUCCAGUGACUUAGUUUUGCACUCUGAUCUUCAGUUAAGCUUUAUUUAUUAAAGUGGAAAUAAAAGAUGACUACAGAAACCCUCAGAGACAAGUGUGGGUGGAUGUGGACACACAGCAGAGUAUUCGCAGGGGACUUCCUUUUGUACUCGGUUCAAAUAUUAGACCUUGGAGUUUGUCCCUGUUGACAGGUUCAGUGUCACAUCUCCCAUUUGCAAUGGGUACACCAAGGGUCUACUUCAGUUUAAAGACACCCACGACUCCAGGGACUCCGUGUGCAUCGCCUCCAUCUCGUCCCCCAGAUGCCUGCCAGUGCCCACAUUCCCACAGGUUGGCUCUGAAACUCAGUUGUGCUGGGCUCAUCCUUCUUCUCCUGACUGUGAUUGGACUGAGUGUUUUAGUGCGAGUCUUAAUACAAAAGCCAUCCAUAGAAAAAUGCAGAGAGUAUAUUCAAGAGAGCAUAACUGAACUAACAGGGAAUCCAGCUAAGCUACAGUGCCCCAAAGACUGGCUUCUAUACCGUGAGAAAUGCAUAUGUUUUUCUCAAGAUUCUAAUAUUUGGAAGGAAGGUCAAUCUGACUGCGCUAGAAAAGGAGCCACGUUGCUGCUCAUUCGAGACCAAGAAGAACUGAGACUCAUAAAGAACUUGAUAAAGGAAAGAGGCAAUUCAUUUUGGAUUGGACUAAAUUACUCGUUGCCAGACAAGCACUGGAGAUGGAUAAACGGUUCCACUUUAAGUUCUGAUGUAUUACAAAUUACUGGUGAAGCUAAAAUCAACAGCUGUGCCUCCAUCUCAAAGGACAAAGUGGUUUCUGAGGACUGUGCUUCAGACUACUAUUGGAUCUGCCAGAAGGAACCAAAACAUUCUGAAACCAGGUGUAAUGACUCCUGAUAGUCAAUCUCACUUGGAUUACUUUAUUAUACAGAUCUCCACACUCACUCUGUCUAGGCUGUCAGCCCAAACAGUGCACAGUUGGUGACACAAAGCAUGGACUCUAAAACCACGGUGACUCCUACAGAUGCCCGUAUUCUGUUUCUUUGUUCUGUGAAGGGUAUAGAGAAGCUGGUGUGUUAUCUCAGAGAAGUGUUUUGUGGAAAGAAGCCCAGGCAUCCUGAGGGGCACUGGAUUCUGUUCUGAACUCUGUGACCCUCACUUUCUGUAAGUCUGAGGUCAUCUGUAAACAGCACAGAAGACCACUUGAAAAAUCAUUAUUAAAAUGCUCUUAAUACAAGGACUGAUGGAGCAUGCCUGUGUUAAGAGUGCUGGGAAGGCUGAGCCAGGAGGGUCAGGACUUCAAGGCCAGCCUGGGUGAGAUAGAUUAAAUGAUAAAUGCCCUCCAUAGCCGUUGGCAUUUUAUCACUUGGUCCCAGUUGGUGGCACUGUCUGGGAAGGCUUAGAAGAGUAGCCUUCCUGGAGGAAGUGUCCCUGGAGGUGGUCUUUGAGAUUAAAAGCCUAAUUUGUAGUU